AUGGCACCAAAAGGACUCGCAAUUAUUAUCGGUGCAGGACCAACUUCCGGCGCAGGGAUCGCUCGCAUUCUAGCCAGCCCUCAGCAUGGCAACCUCGCAGUUGCUCUACUCGCCAGAAACCCCGAGAACCUCCAGAAUCUUGCCGCCGAUCUACGGAAGUCCUCAAACGGUAUCCUCCAUCCGUUCCCUACAGAUACACAGCCCGAAAAUCUCCGACAGACCUUCCAGCAGAUCGCAGAUCAUGCGGACUUCAAGGACCUCAAACUGAAGCUCGCUAUAUACCACGUCAAGAACUCUAGCAAGAAGCCAUUCCUGGAGGAGACGCCAGAGGCUUUCAACGACAGCAUGAGCACCUUCACAACCGGAGGUGUCGUAUUUGCGCAGGAAGCGUUGAAGCUCAUGUAUGCACAGAAUGGAGGACAGACGCUACUUGCCGACACCGACGGCGCGAAGAAGGGCACCAUCAUCUUCACGGGAACACUGGGAGCCAUGCGCACGAAUCAGCAGUAUGCCGCCUAUGGUGCAUCUCGAGCGGCGGCGAGAAUGGUAGCGCAGGCGAUUGCCAAGGAGCAUAGCAAAUUUGGUGUGCACGUGGUCCAUGCCAUAGCCAACGGCGGAAUCAUCGAUGAAGACAACGAGAACACCAAGACCGGCAAACGAAUGCGGGCGGAGGAUGUUGGAGAGCUGUAUCUCUGGCUCUCACAACAGCCGAGCUCACUCUGGACCCACGAGUUGGAUAUGAGACCGGCACAGGAAACUUUCUGA